AUGAUUCGAGAUUUGCCGGUGCGACUCGCCAAAUAUCUUCACCCCUCGUUGAGAAGUAUUCUAGUUGGGUGAGUUGAACUAACUCGCCGAGAAGUUAAAAAAAAGUCAAGAAAAAUAAAAAAAACUUAUCGAUUUUCUGCACAUCUGUUAUCCCUCUUUCAUGAUGUAAUAUUACUUGGACAACACUUGAAAUUGAAAAGAAAGGAGGAGACUUUUUCCACAAAUCUCGAGGGAAUUUCAAAACUUCCAACUAAGAAAAGUGCGUUUUUCAGUCGACAAAAACGAUGGAACCGCGGAAGCCCGCAAAAUCGCCUAGCCGUCAAUUUGAUCAAUCGAUAUUGUCGGCCCGUCAAGCCGCGCGUUUUGCCGUUUUAUUGCGACAAAUGUCAUUUGGCGACACGUCGUCUCGACACAAUUAUACAUCAUCCUUGUGAGGAUGAGGGUGGGAAGAAGAAUGGUGGAAGCAAACGGUAUACACCGUAUGAUUUUAAUCAAGGUAUGCUAGUUUUGCCACGUCAUAGCUUGUUUUCAACGUGUGAUUUUUGAACAAAAUCAUAUUUUUUGGGGGAGUUAUUAUAAUUAGCUCGGAAAUCAAUGUCAAAACUUGAAAAUUUUCAGAAUUUAUAUAAGUAGAAUCCUCAAAUUUCGACAAAAUACCGUGAAAUCUACUGAAUCGACCAAGCUGAUCACGAUCCCGUAUUCAAAAAUUGCCAAAAAUCCCUGUGAGCACUUUUAGAGUUCCAAAUUUGGGCUUGAAAUUUGGUUCUUGCUAAUUUUCACCAUUACUAGCAAAAACCAAAAUUCAAGCCCAUAUUUAGAGCUCCAAAAGUGCUCACAGGGAUUUCUGGCAGUUUUUGAAUUCGGGAUCGUAAUCAGCUUGGUUGAUUUGGUAGAUUUCACGGUGUUUUAUAAAAAGCCUAAGCUCAUCAAAUAAAAUUUCGAUAAAACACCGUGAAAUCUACUAAAUCGAUCAAACUGAUCACGAUCCCAGAUUCAAAAAUUACCAGAAACCUGUGUGAUCACUUUUAGAGCUCCAAAUUUGAGCUUGAAUUUUGGUUUCUGCUAGUAAUGGUGAAAAUUAGCAAAAACCAAAAUUCAACCCAAAUUUAGAGCUCUAAAAGUGCUCACAGGGAUUUCUGGCAAUUUUUGAAUCCAGGAUCGUAAGAUCGUAAUUUCACUGUGUUUUAUCGAAAUUUGAGGAUUCUACUUAUAUAAAUUCUGAAAAUUUUCAAGUUGUGACGUGGCAACAGUGAUUUCGGAGCUAACACGUUUGCCACGUCAUUCCAAAUUGUUUUUUUUUCAGACCAAAAAAUCGCUCAAAAUGGCUAUAAAUUGUUGCGAAAAAACGGCCUAGCUGUCAUGGAAAAAACGCUGAAACCACAAAACAUCAAGCUUCCAAGUUUCAGUGAAGCCUUCCCAAUGAUUGCAGCACCCAAAAAAUAUUCGCAAAACAUCCCGACUUUACAGUGAGUUCGCCUAACUCUCCUUUUUUUUUGUUUUUCAAUAAAAAAAUUCAAAAUUUUUCCAGAGAGCUCUGCUACAAUGCUCUGGAAUUCGAGGACCCGGUGGAAUAUGUGAAAAUCGAUGAGAUUAUGACAAUCGAGCCGAGCACUUCUUCUUCUGAGGAUUUGGAAAAUUUGGGAAAAUCAUCUUCGAAAUGUCUGAAUCAUGCGCCAAGCGGCACAUUUUGUUUCAAAUGUCAGAAAUUGUUUGAGAAUUAUUCGGAUUUUCAAGAGCAUUUGGAUAUUGAGGCAGAGAAAAUGCCGCAAUUUAUGUCGGUUUCGGUGAGUUUUCGGAAAAUGGGGUUUCUAGGCGUGGCUACUUAACGACUAGAAUUUCUAAGCAUGGCUACUUGAAGAAGUGGUUUUCUAGGCUUGGCUUCUAGACAACUAGGAUUUCUAGGCACGGCUACUUGAAAACUAGGAUUUGUAGACUCGGUCACUUUACAAAGUUGCUCGCAAGGCUUGGCUCCUUUCCGAAGUGGGUUUCUAGACGCCGCUACUUGAGAACAAGGAUUUCUAAGCGUGCCUCCUUUCCGAAGUGGAUUUCUAGGCUCGGCUACUUGAGAACUAGGCUCUCAAGGCUCGGCUCCUUGCCGAAGUGGAUUUCUAGACGCGGCUACUUGAGCACUAGGAUUUCUAAGCGUGGCUGCUUGACAACUAGGAUUUCUAGGCGCGGCUACUUGUCAACUAGGAUUAAUAGGCUUGGCGACUUGACAAAGUUGCUUUUAAGGCGUGGCUCCUUGCCGAAGUGGUUUUCUAGGCUUGGGUUCUAGACAAUUAGGUUCCGUAGGCGCAGCUACUUGAAAACUAGGGUUUCUAGGCUCGGCUACUCGACAACUAGGAGUUCUAGGCUCUGAUCCUUGACAUUUGUAUUUUUCAGGCGCGGCUACUUGAAAACUAGGGUUUAUAGGCUCCGCUACUUCACGACUAGGAUUUCUAGGUUCUGCCACUUGACGAAGAUACUCUCAAGGCUCGGCUCCUUGCCGAAGUAAAUUUCUAGGCGCCGCUACUUGAGAACUAUGCUCUCUAGACGCUAAUUCUUGAAAAUCAAAGGCUACUUGGCCAACAACCCCUUUGAAAAAUAAAAAAACUUUCCCCCAAAAAAAUUCCAAAUAUAAUUUUGCAGACCGAAGAGCGCACCGGCACAAUAAAUCCCGAAUUCUCCUACCGAAAACGUCGCCAUAUCGCAGUGAAACGCGAUGUCUCGCAUAUUCGAUGCACAUCGUGCCAAAUCGGAAAUUUCGAAUCAACCGACGCUCUCUACGCGCAUAUGGUCAAAUGCGGUGUAUGA